CUUAGUCGGACAUAUUGUUGUUGAAAUUGACAACCAGAUGCACUUUUUGCAAAACCAAGUAUGCUGAGCGAUAGAGAAGCCAAGGGACACGUUUUUGAGUCUGAUUUAUCAGAAAGUCAAAAUGCUUUAAGCAGUAAAUUAGCAGUUGCUUCUAAAGAAUUGCGCCAGACAUUGAUACAAGACAACAAAGAAAGCAAUGAGGCCCAGACAUCAGCUGCUAUUGAAAUUCAAAGAACAUGGAGGGGAUACAGAUCAAGAGCCCAAAUGUACGAUGUUGUGGAGCCACACACCAGUAAAACAGCCGUCUACAGCGGCAGUAAACACAACAUCAUGCGCCAAGAUGACUUCAAAGAUACAGAUAGUGGUAAACCCAAGAGGCCAGCAAGAUUAAGACUAGAGGCCUACUACAAUGACUUCAAACAGCAACUCAUUAUGUCCCCAGAUAGACCCAGUAUUAUACCCAAUUUUUAUGACUUCUGUGCCACAUACAUCCAAGACUGGUGGCGAGACAUCAUGGCCAGGCAGGGGCAGCCUUCACAGGAACGCUACAUCAGACAGCAACAGCAGCUGCAGCAACAAAAACAAUACAAACAACAGCAGCAGUCCCAGACUACCCUUGGCCAGUCCAACACUCGGUCGACAGAGUUUGUGGUACCCAAGAGGCCACCACGGCAGCUAAGUCUUCAGGAGGCUGCCUCCAUGAUCCAGAAGGCUUGGCGAAGGCACAUUGAUAUUCAGGUGUAUCGCUAUUACCGUGACUUGAUCAACUUCAAGACUCGAGGCAACCCUGCUCUCAUGUUACGUUGUAUCAACCCCCAGGAGGCCAAGAUGUUAGAUGCUGCAUCAGGCAUUCAUAUCAAGUUCAGACUCGCAGGGGAGCGUUUUCCCCCAAAUAUCUACUACAAGAUUUUUACACACCGGCCCAUCCAGGACAUGUGUGCCAACAGCCCAAAGGAUUACACAAUGGCCACGGUGAAGCUUAAGAUGGCCAAGGACAUGCACAACAGGGGACGCCUAGAAGUCAACAAAAAAGACCAGACCGGGUGGUACCAGCGUAUGGACAACAAUGGUUGGCGUCUCGUGUCUGACCGACUGAUCCACCACAUCAUGGCAGACCCUGUCACAUGGGAAACUUCCAACAAGAAAUAUGUUUUCCACCAUGAUAAGAUAAUCAGAAGGCAAGAUGUUGAAAAGAGAAAGAAGCAGAAAAAGAUAGACUGGAUGAAAAAGAUGUACAAGGAUGGUAUGUUGAAGGCGAAGUCCGAUGACCAGGAGACUAUCCAGCUGAUAGAGGGCGCUGCUGCGGGGAUGGUGGCUACGGUGGAAAACUACGGACCUGACGCUCUGGAGGACUGGGAAGUGGAUGAGCUCCUAGACUGGACAACCAGCCUCAAUUUUGAAGAUUAUCAGAGUGGUUGGAAGGAACUCGCCACGAGCGCCAACUCCGAGAAACAAGUCGUGAAGGUUCCAAGUCGUGCGUGGGCGGGACUCAACACCGCUAGUGACACCACCACCCCCUUCCCAGAGGACAAGAUGCGUCUGUUAACAAGCACUGCCGACCCUUUCGAGUUCUCCCUGUCUGGGGCGUCUCGAUACCAGUCCACCCAGCAGUCUCGGAACACCCCCGUCUCAAGUGUAAGCAGUGUAGGGCCACACCCCCAGGCCGUAAGCUGAGGGCACUGGGGUCCGAGGCGGAAUCUCCAGUAUAUUACCAUGGUUACGAUUGUCAUCAUGUGCUCACACCAUGUAUGAAUUACAAUGACUUUUGUAAUAAGCAUUUAAGAGGCAUGUGUUUUUCAAAUUAUAUGAAAACAUUUCCAUGAAAUAUUUAAAAGAAACUCAUGAUGUUUAUUUCUGUAUAAUGAAACUUAUAUCAUCAAAUUAAAAAUGACAAAUGGUAAUGUAAUGUUCUUAAUGCGGUUUAAAAGUUGCAAAGGAGAAGUUGUAUAUAAACAGUGCCUUAACUGCAGAGUCAUUAGUUUGCCAUUAUUCUGUAUGUUCAAUGAUCUAGGGUCUUUAAUGUUCAUGUCAAAUCUUGCUUUGACAUUUUAAUUAUUGAACUGUCAUUGUAAUAUGUAUAUUAAUUUAUUGAUAUUUUAUUUUGCUUUUAUUAAAUAAUACAUUUAAAAACAAAUGAAUUAUACAGCAGACUGCUUAAUCAUUAAAUAAGGGCAUUCACUCUGUCAUAUCGUUAGCUGUAGACACAAUAUCCAUCAUAGUUUAUUUAAUAUGUUGUUGCAAGUCCCACUUUUGUUUGAAGUAAAUCACCUUUGAACUCCUGUAUGAUUUAUUCUGCUUUGGAACACACUUCUGCUCAUUUUUGUUUCGACGUUUAUAGUUUACUUAAUACCGUUAUGUCUCUGUUAUUAAUUUAUGGGUUUUAAUGGCAGAACUUUUUGUUAUAAUACAGCCUUUAUAUAUGGCAGGUUGUUAGGUUUAUAAAUAUUAUAUUUUGUGCCUUUUUGUGAUAUGAAGUCUUAGGUAUGUUUUGUUAGGAAUAAACACAGCAUAAAACCUUA